CGCCCGCCCCGCUCGGACCCGAGCGCCGGCCUCGCCCCCGACGGCGGCCUCCGGGAGACCCCGGGAGAGGGGAGGGCCGAGGGCCCGCGGCUCGGCGGGGCCGCGCGGGGGCAUCCUGCCGAGGCCAGCGGGGCCCCCGCGCUCCUCCGGGGCCUGUUGGUUCGCGCUGGCGCCUUUUAAGGGCACCGUGGGGCGAACGGAGCGCUCAGAGCUGCUCCGGCCGCGGCCCCGGGAGCUGGUGGAGCGGCGACUCAGCAGGCAUGACUGGAGAGGGAAGUCCCAAUGGUGCUAGAAUGGUGCUGCAGUGGCAGAAGACGGCUCACGAGUGAGGUCUGGAAGAACAACAGGGAAGACAUCCAUCAUUUGCUCCAAAGUGUGCAAGUCAGAUCCUGGGGAGAAUCAUGAUAACCCUGAUCACUGAGCAGCUACAGAAGCAGACUCUGGAUGAGCUGAAAUGCACACGCUUCAGCAUCAGUCUGCCUUUGCCUGAUCAUGCAGACAUCUCCAGCUGUGGGAACCCUUUCCAGCUUGUGUCUGAAGGUGCUUCCUGGAGAGGCCUGCCCCACUGUUCCUGUGCCGAGUUCCAGGACAGCCUCAACCUCAGCUACCACCCCUCAGGCUUGAGCCUGCACCUCAGACCACCCAGCCGGGGAAGUUCCCCUCAUGAGCAGCCCCUUUCCCAAGUCCUAAGCCCCGAGCCCCCAGAUCCGGAGAAGCUUCCCGUGCCCCCCGCCCCUCCCUCCAAGAGGCACUGCCGCUCACUCUCAGUGCCCGUGGACCUGUCUCGCUGGCAGCCAGUGUGGCGGCCCGCCCCCUCCAAGCUGUGGACUCCCAUCAAGCACCGGGGCAGUGCUGGAGGGGGUGGGCCGCAGGUGCCUCACCAGAGCCCCCCGAAGCGGGUCUCCAGCCUCAGGUUCCUCCAAGCUCCCAGUGCCUCUUCUCAAUGUGCCCCACCCCGCAGGCCCUACAGCCCCCCUUUUUUCAGCCUGGCUCUGGCCCAAGAGUCCUCUCGACCCUGUGUCACCUCCCCCCAAAGUGGCUCCUGGGAGAGUGAUGCCGAAUCCCUGUCACCGUGCCCCCCCCAGCGCCGCUUCUCCCUCUCACCCAGCCUGGGCCCGCAGGCGAGCCGCUUCUUGCCCUCCGCCCGGAGCUCCCCCGCCUCCUCCCCAGAGCUGCCCUGGCGACCGCGAGGCCUCCGCAACCUUCCCCGCAGCCGCUCCCAGCCUUGCGAUCUGGAUGCCCGCAAAGCUGGGGUCAAGCGGCGCCACGAGGAGGACCCCCGGCGGCUGCGGCCUUCCUUGGACUUCGACAAGAUGAAUCAGAAACCAUACUCAGGAGGUGUCUCUCUCCAAGAAACAGCCCGGGAAGGCAGCGGCAUCUCUCCGCCGUGGUUCAUGGCCUGUAGCCCCCCACCCCUCUCUGCUUCCUGCAGCCCCGUCGGGGGUUCCUCCCAGGUGCUGAGUGAAAGCGAAGAGGAGGAGGAAGGGGCUGUGAGGUGGGGGCGACAGGCGCUGAGCAAGCGGACACUGUGCCAGCAGGACUUUGGGGACCUGGACUUGAAUCUGAUUGAGGAGAACUAAAACUGAGAGGCUGCUUCCUGGGGCCACACGGACUGACUCUCUUAUGGCUACUAACAAGUGUCAAGGCCCCACGGCCGGGGGCCCAGCCUGGGAAUGGGGGUGAGUGGAGGGCUCCGACUCAGGGCAGCCGGAAAUCUUCUCGCUCUAGGAAGCUCGACCAUGCCGAGAGACUGGCCGGGACAAGAUAAACGGAGCUGGUGGCGGGAGGGACAGCCCCGAGCAGACCCUUCCUGUGGCGGCCCUGAGUGUGAGUAUCCCUGCCCCUGACAAAGCAACGGGCAGGGAUGGAAGGGGUCUGCCGACCCCAGCUCGGGGAAUUUCACUAGCCCCUUUGCUUCAAAGGGCACUUGUGUCUUAGAAUUUGGCCAGGGUGGGGGGUUCCUUCGGCCUCCCCGGAGAAAUUGUGUGAGAGUGUGUGUGUGCGUGGGAGUGGACCCAGUGAAGGUGUGCUUGCGUCGCCUUAGGGAAGAGGGCAUGUGCUCUCAGCAGAGCAGCAUGGCACCCCCCCCAGCCUGGGUUCCACGGGACGGCUGGCUUGUUCAAGGAGUCAAGAGGAAGGCACCAAGUUAUGCUUCUAAAGUAGCUUCAGAACCAGGCUUAGAAUCCCGAAGGACCACUGGCUCUGCAAAGGAUUCUGUCUUGGGGCACAGCCGGGUCUUUUAAGUGCUGUGACCUCAACGAAUGGUCGCCCCAUUCCUUAGGCCCACCCCUCCCCAUGAGAAAUCUUGAGUGUCGGCGGCCGGAGAGAGCUCUACCCAUUCUGGGCUGCCCCUUUCUUUCCCUCCUGACUUUCCCUUGGUGGUUAUCCAGUCUGCCUCUAAGCAAAUGCGAGCACCUGUGGGCAACUGAGGCCGGGUUGAAGGGCUCCGUCUCUCUUCCUGUCUCCUGACUGGACCUUUUAUCCCCCACCCUCUGACCUUCAAGGGUCAAGAAUAACAACGGAAGGCCCUUGUGUUAGUUCCUCGCAUCUAUGGAACUGACCUGCCGGAGAGGCGUUUAGCGCCUCGCAGGCCUGAGGAAAUUCACCCCGGCACUGUCCUUUGGAAGCAGGCUAUGGGAUAAUGUGUCCUUAAAAGAUGCGGGUCUAACCAUUUGCCUGACCUGCUUGAGAAGGAGCAAGGGGGAUAUAUCAGCAUUUCCUAGUUUGCUUGUCUUCCACUCCUGCCAGGAAAUGUUUAUUUGCCUCUAAUUGGCCCUGAGAGACCUCGGGGAGGUUGGGGCUCACUGAGGGAUUGGCUGAGGACACGUAAAGCAAAGGCUGGGAGAAGCAACUGGGAGUUUUGUUGUUGUUGUUGGGCUGAAUUUCUUUCUUCCUUUUUUUUUUUUUUUUUUUGUCAUCCACAACUUGAGCCCGGGCAGUGAGUCCUAAGAGCCCCGUGCAGGAGCCACGGAGGGCUGGCACCAGUGGAGCUGAAUACUGAGUCCGCUGCCACAUGAGUUUGUGUGGCUUUGUCCAGCUUUGGUUAGACUCCCCACGAACCAAUUAGACAGACCCUUCGUAUUUAUUAGAAGGGUAUUUUCCUCUUCGACUUCCAGGGUGUCGAGGGACCCGAGUUCCUUAUGCUAGGGAGGAAGACCACAAUCUGUGUCUUCCUCCAGGUGAGUUGAGUUGCUUUUUCUGGAUUCCCCCACGUGUUGGAGAAGAGCACCCGUGAGGCUCCAGCCUCCUUGCCUCCACUCCAGAGGAGGUGGCCAUUUCUUCAGCCUCUGGCCCUCAGAGGUUCUGUCCUUCCAGGACUCCUCCCUUCUCCUCUCCUGCUAGUUACCACGUAUUACCAGUGAGCUACUGGGUCUGUAGGGGCCAGAGAGGCUCUCUGGAGAAUCCAGGGAAACUGUGAGCCCAGGAGUUGCCCAUCCUUGGUUUCAUUCCUCCCCUGGCUCUUCUCCCUCUUUAGGCCAUAAUUUCCCUGGUGCCAGCUUCUUUCCUCCUGGGGCAAACUCAUCCCUGGGCUCUCUGCUGCAGAUUGGCUGUGCCAGCUUCUAAUAGGCCACUGGCAAUGCCACUGGGGUCUCAGUAGGCCCUAAGAUGAAGAAGUGAGGGCAGCAAGGCUGCUUUCCCCCAGCUCCCCUACAGCCCUAGGGCACCAUCCUUAGGGGAGACGGCCUAUAGAUAACGUAUUUGAAUUCCAUUACUUUAAGACUGUAAAGUUAAGCUGGAACUAUCAUCUUGCUUCCUGAUCUAAGCAUUUGUGGCCCUGGGAUAAGCCUUUUGUAAGAAGUGAUUUCAUUCUGCUUUACACAGUAGAUCUGUUCCAACGGUUCUGUGUAAACCAAAUGCUAUUUUUUCAGUGCAUUUGGAUUGCUGAUCAUUUAAAAAAAAAAAAGCAGCCUGUGAUUGCUUCUUUUGUAAAGCAAACAACAUCCCUCUACUUUAGCUGUUUUGACUAUUUGGAUUUCCUCACAUUGGGCUUACCCAGAGUGGAGCACACCUCUCCAGGCUGUGGUUGAUGCUGGGUAGACAUCUGCAUCUGUGUUGUGUGUGUGGUGUGGCUGACCAGUAGGUGAGUAUUCCUGCGUGUGUGAGUGAAGCCACUCCCAGGCUGGUGCUCUCCUCCUGUGCCCGGUGACUGCCCAGUGGCAGCUCCAGCUGCCCUUCACUCCCACCUGCUGCCAAAGUCCCUGUGCUAAUGGGAUUACAAAAAGUGGAAAAAAAAAAAUUUUCGUAAACUUUGUUUUAUAUUAAAAAAAAAUCCAUUAAGUCUGUGUGUGUUAAACAUGAGGUCCUGCCUCUGUGGCUGUGUUUGAAAAAAUAAAGUUUUAUUAGAAUAAUCCAUUUUUCCC